GAGAGAUCUAAACAAACUGCUUAAUUUUAAUCAAUUGUCUUCCCUCUCCAUCUCCCUCUCUCAAUAAAUAAGUGAGAAUUAAUUGUGGUCGACCACCGCCGCUGCUUUAGGUUGAGAAAUUAAAGAUACAGACCCUACUAAAUCUCUCCCUCAUCUUUCUAUUAAUUCUUUCAUCUCUCUGCUCUUGUACAAGGACACCUCUUUUCCAUCGCCUUUUCCUUUUCAAGUUAACAUGUUUAGGAGAAAAUCACAGGAGAUUGACACAGUAGAACGAGAUGCAAAGGUUAAACAGCUCAGGGAUGCUCUUGGUCCACUUUCUGGUCGCAGCUUGAAGUUUUGCUCCGAUGCAUGCUUGAGAAGAUAUUUAGAAGCUCGGAGCUGGAAUCUCGACAAAGCCAAAAAGAUGCUGGAAGCUACUCUUAAGUGGAGAUCAGAAUAUAAACCUGAAGAAAUCCGUUGGCAUGAAGUAGCGCACGAAGGUGAGACAGGCAAGGUCUCGAAAGCUAAUUUCCAUGACCGGAAGGGGAGAACCGUCCUCAUAAUGAGGCCCGGGAAGCAGAACACAACGUCGUCUGAGGGCAACAUCCGGCACCUUGUGUACCUAAUGGAGAACGCCAUCUUGAACCUGCCCGAGGGGCAAGAGCAAAUGUCGUGGCUCAUAGACUUCAACGGGUGGACAAUAAACACCAACAUCUCCAUCAAAACAACGCGAGAUAUCAUCUACAUUUUGCAGAACCACUACCCCGAGAGGCUUGCCGUUAUCGUCCUCUACAACCCUCCAAGAUUCUUCGAGGCAUUCUGGAAGGUUGUGAAAUACUUUGUUGAUGAGAAAACAUUUCAGAAGAUAAAUUUUACCUACCCAAACAACAAGGAGAGUUUGGAGAAGAUGAAGUCGUUUUUCGACACGGAUAAUCUCCCGAGUGAAUUUGGUGGGAAGGCUACGUUGGAAUACGAUCACCAAGAGUUUUCAAGAUUGAUGGCGGGAGACGAUGUCAAAACAGCCAAGUAUUGGGAGUUGGAUCAAACCAACGGCUACGACAACAAGACUAAUGGUCAUUCCAAGUCCGAGGUGGAUACAGAGCCGUGCUGACCAUUUGGUUGCAAGCAAAUGUAUUGCACUAUAAUUAUAGCUGAUCAUAUGGCUAAUCGGGAAUUUUAUUUUGGAAUAAUUUAUUAAUCUAUUAUUGUUGUUCUAAGAACUGGAUGGAUGUGUACGGCAUUUCAACUCUCAACAUAUGAAUUUACCACUUCAACUAGCCA